CCGGGCGAGCAGCUGCGAACGCUGCGCCUGCGCGGAGCGCCCUGAAGAGACGAUUAAAGUUGAGGCGAGAGCGGCGGGCGGGAGCUGGUGCGCCGAUCGCAGGGGAUCGCCUUUGUGCACUUCACGGCCCGCUAAACAUGACAGAGCCGCAGUCGGCCCUCUUACUCCGCAGACAACUGGCAGAGCUGAACAAAAAUCCUGUUGAUGGUUUCUCUGCUGGAUUGAUCGAUGACAAUGACCUGUACAGGUGGGAAGUGCUCAUCAUAGGUCCCCCUGACACUCUAUAUGAAGGUGGUGUGUUCAAAGCUCAUCUCACCUUCCCUAAAGACUAUCCCCUCAGGCCGCCCAAGAUGAAAUUCAUCACAGAAAUCUGGCACCCAAAUGUGGAUAAGAACGGUGAGGUAUGCAUCUCUAUACUUCACGAGCCUGGUGAGGAUAAAUAUGGAUAUGAAAAGCCUGAAGAACGUUGGUUGCCAAUCCACACCGUGGAGACUAUACUUAUCAGUGUGAUUUCAAUGUUAGCAGAUCCAAAUGGAGACUCGCCGGCCAACGUGGAUGCAGCAAAAGAGUGGAGGGAAGACCGCAAUGGAGAAUUCAAAAGGAAAGUUGCACGUUGUGUAAGAAAAAGUCAGGAGACUGCAUUUGAGUGAAUUUAUUUGCCAGGAAACUCGUUUCAGGGUCUUCGAUUAAGAACUUACGGCACUGUUGACUUUCUGCACUCAAGCCACCAACUGUUGGACUUCAAACUAGUAAAGGUUGAAAAUCCUGGAUUGGUGUUGUGGAGCGAUGGGUGAAUUUUGCCAUCAUUGUGAAGAAAAGACCAUUGUGCCAACUUUGGGGGGUGGGCAGGGGAUGAAAACAAUGAUGCAUCAGGAUUCCUGUGAACUGCUUUGAUCUUCAGGAGUAAUUGUAAAGAACUGUACAUAGCACAUUAUCUGGAUAUUCUAUAUACAGUACUUAGAUGCCCACAAUAUGCAUUGUACCAAAUUAUAGCCUAGUUAGAAAAUUGUGUAAAUUCUUAAAAUUAGGGGGCUUUGUGCAUUCAUUUUUCUUAAUUUACUAUUAAAAGUUUAAAAUAAAGGUCCUGCACUGUAAAAAGGUGCAUUUCUCAGUUUUAAAAAUGAAUUUCACAGUAAAUGUUUUACCAGCUGUUCUGGCACUGCAUUAACACCUGGGUGCCCUCCAAUAUUUUGACCGUAUUACAGAUAUUUGUGUAUUUAAGAUGCUGAUACUUCUGGUUUUACAGUGAUGGGUUAAAGUUUAUACCUGAAUUUGUAAUUAGGCAGGUGAAUUCAUUAGUCUUCACCACCUAAAUGAUGAACCAAAUUUUCCUGAAGCUUGUUUUUUGUGAAGUGUCUGGAGUAGGUUUGCAUGUUUAGGUGUAGACUUUCACCCUUCCAAGUGGGCAAUUGGAGAAUUUUUGCUAUUGAAAAUGCUGUUGUGUUUUUCUUUCUAGCUAUACUGCAGAUUUUCUGCCUGAUGUACAAAGACAAAUGGUGAUGUAUAUUUUCAUGUAAUUUGAUUUUUGGAAUUCUGUCACAUGUAGUGAAAGUUCUUCCAAAAUACAAGUCUUUUUCAAUAAGAGUUUGUGGAUUUCAAUUAUGUAAAGGCUCUCAGGUGCGCCUGGUUUUUGUUAUAUACAGAAAUUGCUAUUAAUUUUAAAACCAGGAUGCAAAAAGAUUGAACUCUAAAUAAGCCACCAUAUUUUACUACAGGAGCGUGUUUCUCCAAAGAUAACAUUAACAGUGGGUUUGAACAGUUUUAAGGCUAUGGCCUUAAAAUGUAGUGAUUUAUUGUGAAUCUCCUGUGCAGGAUCAUUAAUAUCUGCUCCAAGAUAUUCAGAAUGGCAGCUGUGCAAAAGCAUGACUGGUAUAACCUUGUGCUGUUUUCUUAGUUGUCCUUGUGAAUAUUGUACUUAAAUGAAGCUUGCACUGUGACUUCUUAAAUCUAACUUGUCUACGUGAAAUGGGCAAUAUAAAUCUAGGAAGUGGAAAAGUUUUAAUAUUAGUGAUUCCGUAGUAAGAACUAUAUACUUAAAUUUAGCGCUGGUAUGAAACUUUUGGGAACUGAUGUAAUUGCAAAUUAAGGUACACUGGGUUUUUGAAUCAGAAUGUAAAACUUUUUGAUCUGAUUAUGCCUAUAGCUUUUUCCAUUAUUGAAGCCUCCUGAAACUGGGAAAAGACAUUAAAUUUGUAGGGGAAGAUAAAAUGGCUUUAGGUAUUUAGGGCUCCAGUUAAACGAGUUGCUUAAGUUGCAACAUUAUCAAAACCAAGAAACAAGUAUCUGUAACUUUUUUUUUAAACAUCCUAGUUUUUAUUCCUUGCAUGUUCAGAGGUACAUUAUUUCAGAUUUCAAAAUACUGCAAGGAAACCAGAACAAGGGUAUACCCUAUAGAAUUUGAACUACUAUAUUUGAACUAUAAGGAAACAUGAUAUUUGCAUCAAAGGGCUUAUUUCAUGUUGGUGCUCUACAAUAGAAGGGUAUUAAAUUUUGGAAAUAACCAUGAAUAUGCUAAUAAAUUCUUAUCCAAUUCUUUAUGCAAAUUUGAAGCUCUAAGGCUACUAUGUUAGCAAUCAAACUAGUGAUAUUUGGUGCUAUUAAGCUACAUGAUUUAAUAGCCUGCAAGAUUUGAUCAUGUCAUCCAGGCCAAGAAACUGCAUGUGUCUUGUCUGCUAGAAAUAACUUGGUGCAAUAACCCAUUGCUGUGUUAUGUAUUACUUGCAAAGUCAGUUGUUUUAAAAGAUUGAUGUAGUGCUGAUAUUUCAUUUACUUUUUUAAACUCUGAAAUUCUUAUCAAAUUCUAGAGAACAUGUUAAAUGCAGACUUGUGUAGCAUGUUAAUGCUUUAUUUUAAAAUGUCCAUAUGGUUGUAUCAGAGCACUAAAUGGUCAAUUUGUGAAAUGGGCAAGUGUGAUGCUAUAUGCAGCAGUACAAACUGUUUCCUGAAUGUAUUUAUUUAAACUUUGACGCUUAGAUUUGAACUCAAGAAUCUGUCGUCUGAGAACAGUAAUACAAGCAGGUAAAGCCCUUGUUUGCUCCACCAUUAGUGUUAUGGCUUUUGUCUCUGCAGUGUGAAGUUCUUGGAUGUCUAAAAAUCUAUUUAAUUUGUACUUUUCUGGGGGGAGGAGGGGAAGAAUUCCAAAGGCUCAGUCUUCUGGGUUCUGCACUAGUUAUGAAUAAUCACCCAGAAGUCUUGGUUAGAAAGAAUGGUAACAGCACUUAAUAUUACUUAAAUACCAGUGCUUAAAACUUAGAAAGUUAGGUGAUUUGGCAGAAGGCAUGAAGGUUAAGUUGUGAGGAGUAAGAACUGGCAGGAAAUUGUUCAGAAUUAAAGUGUAGGUCAUUUUUCAUGGGAUGUGGUAGAGAUCACUACAUUUUAAAGGAUAAGUGAACACUUUAAAGCAGAUAAUGGUGGCUUUAGUGGGCAAGACAGAUCAGUUUUUUUCUGGGGUCAAGUAUUUUUGCUCUGACAUUCUUUGGGCUUUUUGGCUUUUCAUGUAAGUGUCAGAAUUCAUUUUACAUCUACAUGAAGUGGGCUCCUUUUGAGAGUACUUGAAGAGCUGACUGAUCCUGCAGGACCUGCAAUUAUUCGCACUCUGGAUAAAGAUCUGGGAGGCUAAUAAUUCAAACGCUUCCACAUUUGAAAUUCACUAUUUGAUUACAAUUAAGCCUUCUGCCAAGCAUUCUACCUUGAUAUUAAACCCUUUCCUGGUAUUGCUGAGAUCACAUUAAAAUCAAUAGUUUAUGGGCCAGUUGUUGAGCAACUGAAGGAAAGGAGGUGAGAAAAAACAAAUGUAAAAUUAGUAUACUAGCAAGAUUGUUUUUGAUCAUAAAAUGCAAUAAAGGAAAUUUGUGGCUGAACCUAUUUAUUUGAGUUGUGCAAAGUAUGCACUUCUGACAGCCAGGCAUGAAUAUCAAAGUCUCAAACUUGUGAUAACUGCUGCACCUGUCCUCGCCCCUUUCCCCUCCACCCUCUCUCCAUCUGCCCAUCACCAUACCACUCCCACAGGUUCCCCUCUUCACUUCCCUCUUUAUUCCCUGUUCCACCUUCCCCUCAUCAGCUUCAGCUUUUUUACUUCCACUUCCCAGUAUAAAUUAGAGUAAAAGGAAGUUUCCCUUUCUGAACAGCUAUCAAGGUAAAAUCCUUCACAACUACCUCUCCGGAUCCUGAUUAUAAACUUGAAAAUUCAAUUAUGUUAAGUAUAAUUUGUACAAUUGGAAGAAUCAAAUUAAGAGGAUAAUGAUUUAAGUAGACCAGCACAAUUUAUUGAUUACUUUCAAAACUGUCAUGAGCCGGGGGUGGG